UCGAUGCUUAAGAUGUGAUACCGCGUAUCUGCAAUUUUUGACAAAAUGAGUUUUAUUGCUUAUUGCAUGUAAAAAAUACUCUGUCAUAUUGUGGUGAAAGCGCUAAUUUGACGUAUACAGUUUGAAUGAGUAACGUGAUUAGUAGUGACAUCUGGUAUAGGUAAGCUGAAUAUCUUUUAAUGUGACAGCGCGUAUCUGAAUUAGUUGACAUAGUAACGUGCUGUGGUAACAUUGUGUUGAUAAAGAUUAAAAUGAGUACCUCUAGAGGUCGUCAAAUGGUAACAAAUGCAAGAAAUGACGUAAUAGUUCACGUUUUAAACAAUAAUAUCAAGGACACCAUUAAGUGUGCCAUAAAAACAAACAAUGAAGAAGCCACAGUAUUGGAAAAUACCGAUGCGGAUGAGCUGGGCCCUACAUUAUUAUCUUUGGAACAAGAGGUUGCCGCAGCCAAUCUGCUUUUAUUGGGGGAGUCUGCAGUAACAAACGAAACGUUUUCGACAGACAUAAACAAUGUAACUGAUGGAUUGCCAAAGGAAUCUGAUUUUGAAAAAGUGAGUAACUGGCUAAGGAAUAUUGACAAUGAACGUUUAGAUUGUGACGCAAUAUUAGAAACGGUUUCCAAUGAAAUUUCGACAAAUGAGCUCUCCAGGGACAAAACACAUCUAGAAGAAUUAAGAAAUGACGUUGCACUAAACCACGAAGGUAUUUUAAAUGAAGUGAUGUCGAGCUCAUCGUCUGUAAUUGCUGAUCAGAUUGAUGAAUCGUGGUUGCCAGAAAACGAAAAUAAGUCAGAUUACUCAACUAGUUCGGAAGAAGGCAAACAACAAGAAGGGGAAGAACCAGUAGCAAGAGCCGAUAAUGACGGUAACAACGAAAAUAAAAAAGCUCGAAAAAGAAUAGCAGAUAUCAACGAAUGGCACGAUAUUAAAAAUAAAAGACUAAGACAACACGGAAAAAAUAUAUUGGCUGGAAAAGGGUUGGAAAGACAGCGAAAAGAGGAACACCUAGAAAUGAAAAACAAAUGGGACCAGUCUGCUUAUCCUCCGUAUGUAAAAAAUCCACAGUAAGGCAGUGUCAAGAUUUAAAUGAAGUGGACCGAAAA